CGCCGCCGCAGCCGCGUCCGCCCGAGCGGGGGGGGCCGGGCCGGGGGGGGCCGCGGGCAGCGCCGAGCCCGGAGAAUCCCCGGAAUCCGCCGGGGGGGGCGGAUCGGAGAAGGAGAACGGGAUGCCGGAGGGAGCGGAGGCAGCGCCCCCGCCGAUGCCGGCCAAGGAGGAGGCUCGCCCCCCGCCCGAGGGGGCCAGCUGUGACCCGGGCCCCGCCGCCGCCGCCCCCCCCGGCUCUCCGUGCCGGCCGCCGCCCGCGGCCCCGCUGGACACGCGGAUCGUGAUGGGGGAGGAGACGCGCUGCCCCCCGCCCGAGCCGCGGGGCGGGCCCGCCGUGCCUUGUCCCUUCCCCGCGCCCCCCAAGGAGCCCCCGCCGGGCCGGCCCCCCGCGCUGGACCCCGAGCUGUUCUUCACGGCCCCCUCGACGCCGGUGCGGGCGGGGGGGCCGCGGCCGCCGCCCCCCGAGGAGCCGACGGACGGGGACAGCGAGGGGCUCUGCUCGCCCCCCACGUCCCCGUCGGGCUCCUACAUGACGGCCGAGGGCGGCAGCUGGGGCUCCUCGGGCACGGCCAGCACCUCCCCGUCCUGCUCCCCCAACCUGGCGGCCGAGGCCGAAGGCCUGGGCGAGGCUGAGGGCGAGGCCGAAGGUCUGGGGGGGGCCCUGGCGCUGCCCCCCGGCCUGGGGGAGCCCCCAGCCUUCCCCCCGCUGUCCCCCGAGGAGGAUGAGGAUGAUGACGAGGACGGUCCCUUCGCCCCGCCGGGCUGUGCGGAUGAUGAGGAUGAUGAUGAUGAGGACGGGCAGACGCCGGAGGAGGAGGAGGAUGAUGAUGAGGACGAGGGCUCGGGGCUGAUCCCGGCGGCGCUGCUCCCGUUCCGCGGCAGCCUCCUCUUCCAGGCCGAGGCCGUGGAGAUCUCGCCGCGGGCCCCCGCCGAGGAGGAGGAGGACGAAGGCAGCACCUCGGCGUCCUUCCUGCGCUCGCUGUCCGAGAGCUCCAUCCCCGAGGGCGGGGACGAGGCCUUCGCCUUCCGCGACGACACCGACGCCUCCUCGGACUCGGCCGCCUACGACGGGGACGAGGACGAGCGGCUCUACGGCACCGAGCGGCACGCGGGGGGCACGGGCACCCCCCCGGGGACCCCCCCGGGCCCCGCCGGUGUCGAGCUCCACCUCCGUGCAGGGUCCCCGUGUCACCCCGCGGCUCCCGCAUCCCUGGGGACGCCUCUGGCACCCCCUGGAGGAGACGCGGAGCCAGGCGGGGACGCCUUUGUCACCUUUGUCACCACCACGGAGGCGCCCCCCGAGGAGGCGGCAGCGACAGAAGGUUCUGGAGCGGCGCUGGGACAGGGACCUCGCCCAGAGCUGGCAGAGAGCGGCCCUGUCCCCGCGCUCUGUGCCAGGGAUCCCCAGAGCCACCAGCUGGGGGGCACCAAUGGGGAGCCCCAGGACGGCCCUGGGGGUGACAGUGACGGUGACAAUGACCUUGAGCUCAGCACUGGGACCGUGGGCAGCGCUGAUGGCCACAGUGAGCUGGACUCUGCAGCCGCCGGCUUGGGGACAUCGGUGACACCAACCCCCCUGGAUGAGAUGGACGCUGCGGCCAAUGAUGUGGUGACACCAGGGACACCCAGCCCGAUGGACUCAGGGGACACUGACCUGGUGACACCAGUGAUGCCAGCCCCACCGGACGAGAUGGACACUGCAGCCACCAGCCUGGUGACACCCAGCCUGCCCGAUGAGCCGGACACUGACGUGGUGACCCCAGGGACACCAGCCCCACUGGAUGAGCUGGGGACAGCCAGCCUGAUGGACAGCACAGCCACCAGCCUGGUGGCACCCAGCCUGUCAGAUGCUGCAGCCACUGAUGAAGUGACACUGGUGACACCCAGCCCCCCAGAUGAGCCUGACACUGGGGCCACCAGCCUGGUGACACUAGUGACAUCAAGCCCACCAGAUGAGCCGGACACCGUGGCCACUGACCUGGUGACACCAACCCCACAGGUGACACCCAGCUCCCCAGAUGAGCCCGACACUGUGGCUGCCAGCCUGGUGACACCAAGCCCACCACAUGAGCUGGAUGUCACAGCCACUGACCUGGUGACACCAGUGACACCCAGCCUGCUGGACAAGAUGGAAGCUGUGGACACUGUCCUGGCGACACCAGUGACAUCCACCCUGAAGGAUGCUGUGGCCAUUGACUUGGUGGCAUCAGUGACACCCACCCUGACGGCCACUGCGGCCACCGACCUGGUGGCAUCAGUGACACCACCUCCCCUGGAUGAGAGGAACACUGCAGCCAUCGAACAGGUGACAUCAGUGACACCUGCCCCGAUGGACACCCCAGUGACCCCGAGCGUGACGGACACCACAGAUACCAAGCCGGUGACAUCGGUGACACCAACCCCCCAGGAGGAGAUGGCCGCCGUGACCACUGCUGCAGUGACCCCCAGCCCCAUGGACACCGUGGCCACCGACCUGGUGACCCCCAGCCCGCUGGCCGCUGUCCCUGCCCCAUGUCCCCCUCCCCAGGCCGUGUCCCCCGUGGCGCUGGCAGCCGGGGUGGCCCCACCCCACGAGUCCCCAGCUGUCCCCCUGUGUCCCCUGGCACAGGGGAUGCUGUCACAGCCCCCUGGGGAUGUCCCUGAGGAGCGGGGGGACGUGGCCACCGCCUCGGCCGAGGAUGUGUCCCCGGAGCUGCCGGACACGUUGCGCUGUGUCACCGCCCCCGAGGGCAGCGCUGGAGAGGCCCCCCUGCCCCGCGGAGAGCCCGAGGAGGAGGAGGAGGAGGAAGAGAGAGAGGAGGAAGAGGAUGCGGCCCCCCCGCCCCCCUCGCCGCAGUUCACGGCCUCGGAGCGGGAGGUGUUUGUGGGGACCCCCCCGGCCCCCCCCGAACUGCUCCCACCACCCGGUGCCUUUUCGGGGCGCGGGGCCGGGCCGGGGGUCACCGCCCCGCCCCGGGGGGGCCCGGGGGACCUGCCCCCCGCCCUGCAGGAGCCCCCCAGCCCCCGGCCGGGCCCUGAGCCCCCCGGCCACGCUGCAGGGGGCACCGAUGCCAAAGUCCCCCCGAGUCCCCCCGCGGCCCCCCCUGAGCAGCAGGAGGAAGAGGAGGCCGUGGGGGGGGUCGUGCCCAGCCCCCUGCCCGCUGUGGGGGCUCCGCCGGGGCCUCCUCCCGAGCCCCCCCGCCCUGCACCCCCCAAACUCAGCCAAGUGCCUCCUCCCGCCGCCCUGGCCCCCGGCGCCCCCCGGGCCCCCCGCAGCCAGGAGCCCCCCCCGGGGCUGCCGCUCUCCAGGAAACACCUCGAAGCCCCCCAGCCCUCCCCGCAGAAGGAGCCGGAGCCCCGGGGCCGGGCAGGGGCCCCGGGGGCCGGGGGGGGCCGGGCCCCGCCCCGGGGGUCUCUGCAGUCGGAGUCGAGCUCGUCCAGCGAGGCUGAGGCCCCCCAGCCCCCCCCGGCCCCACAGCGCUGCCAGCCCAACCACCGAGGGUCCGGGAACGAGUCCGAGAGCAACGACGAGUCCAUCCCUGAGCUGGAGGAGCCCGAGGGCUCGGAGCUGCCCCCUGCCCAGUCCCAGGUGCCCCACGGCCUCAGCCCUGGCGAGGAACCGCUCAGCAAGGCCAAGCAGAGCCGCAGCGAGAAGAAGGCCCGGAAGGCCAUGUCCAAGCUGGGGCUGCGGCAGAUCCACGGCGUCACCCGCAUCACCAUCCGCAAGUCCAAGAACAUCCUGUUCGUCAUCUCCAAACCCGACGUCUUCAAGAGCCCCGCCUCCGACAUCUACAUCGUCUUUGGGGAGGCCAAGAUCGAGGACCUGUCCCAGCAAGUGCACAAGGCGGCGGCAGAGAAGUUCAAGGUGCCCCUGGAGCACUCGGCGCUCGUGACCGACGCAGCUCCUGCCCUGGCCAUCAAGGAGGAGAGCGAGGAGGAGGAGGAGGUGGACGAGACAGGGCUGGAGGUGCGGGACAUCGAGCUGGUGAUGGCCCAGGCCAACGUGUCCCGGCCCAAGGCCGUGCGGGCCCUGCGGCACAACAACAACGACAUCGUCAACGCCAUCAUGGAGCUGACCAUGUAGCGGCCAGGGGUGUCCUGGCCCCCUGUAUAGAUGCACAGAGCCCCCCGAUCCCUCCUCCUGCCCCCCCUGCUCCUCCUGGCCCUCUGGACUGCUCAAUAAAGGCCUCCUGCACCCCUUGGAUCGC